UACAGUGUAAUUCACAGGCGGAAUAUAAAACACAAACAGUUAAGCUAGUAAAAAUUGUAUUUAUGCUGGAGAAAAAUUAAUCUUUUUUCUUUAAACUGCGCUCUCUUCCUUGAACAGCUCAAAUGAGCGAUGAACUUGAACGCAGCAGUUGCGUUCCUUUUCAGAGCCGUAAUUGGGACCACUUAUAGAGUUUUAUAGUUUGUCAAAUCUCUGCCCCCCAAAAAGCGUGUAAACCCAUUUUUUUUUUCCCCCACCAAUGGCGCUCGUCAAAAACGUUUGUGAGAUGGCAGGCAUGGCUCCGUUUUGACGAAGCUGAAAAAAGUCCGCGGGGAAGUUCCCUUUAGGAAAUCCCCGACACUGAAAUACCAAAAUCUCCGACAGAAUUUACCCUCACAGAGUAUUUCUGAACACCAGCGAGCACAGGCAGAACAGAAGGCGUCAAAUGCUGGAUUUUUAAAAGCGGCUUCUGUCAAACCGAACCGAGCCGAGCCCGAAAAUGGAUAAGGGCAGCCUGAAAUCUGACUACGACUCAGCCAGGGAGAAAACGCGGAGCUACAGUGUGCUGAAUACGCUGUACCACGAGAAGCGCCAGGAAAUCGAGCUUCUCCACAAGCAAAUCAACGUCAAGGACAACAUCAUCGCAGAUUUAAAAGCCCGGCUGGGGCGGUACGAGAGGAUCUACAUGACGGUGGGGGAUAACGAGUCCGUGCUCGUCGGUCCGUCCAACUCUUUAGUGGAAAGUCUAGUGAAGGAAAUCGUCAAAGCGAAGCAGAAGAGGAAAGACGCGGAUGUGAGGGCAGCGCGACAGGCUGAGGAGAUCCAAAGGCUGAAUGUGCUGCUCAGGGAAAAAGAGCUGGAGCUGGAAAGAGUCCGGUGUCAGCCGGACCAUGAGAAAGACCAGGAGAUCCAAAGACUCCGGACGGCCCUGGCAGAAAAGGAGCGGACCGAGGCCACCAGAUCCGUUCUCUGCACAUCCCUGGCUGAGGAGGCCGACCAGCUCCGGGGCCAGCUGGGGGCAACGGUUAAGGUGUGCCAGGAGCUGCUGAGCAGACUGGAAGAGAAGAAGGGAGCUGGAGAAAGAGGAGGAGAGGUGGUGGAGAUGCCCCAGCAGCAAAAGGUGAAAGAGCCAUCAGAGUUGUCAGACUCAGCUUCGAUCAAAUCUCAAAUUCGUCAGCUACAGGAAGAGAAUCAACAGCUAAAGCAACGUGUUGAAUAUGUGCAGGGCCUGAACUCUCAGUGGCAAAAGUACGACUCCAGCAGAGAGGACUACAUCCGGGGUUUGUGUCAGAGGCUGAAGGAGAGCAGCGGGCAGGGGCUCGUGCCGCUUGUGGGCCCUGUCAGCUCGGGGCUGCUUCAGCAGGAGAUUUGUCGCCUCAACACCUCACUGGAGGAGAAGAUACAGGAGUGCACCCAGCUGGAAAGGGAGGUUGAGGAGGUCAGGAAUCGAAGCCACGAGCGAAUCCAAACAUUGGAGCAGCAGGUUCUCAUCUACGCAGAGGACUUUAAGUCAGAGCGUGCUGACAGGGAGCGAGCACAAGGUCAAAUUGAAGAUCUAAAGGAGAAGAUUUCCCAGUUAAAACAGCAGCUACACAAGCAGCAAGGUGCAAUCAGGGACAGCAGAGACGUGGUCCCCUUGUGUCGUGUACACAUAGGACACCGGAUCUCCUCCAAGCGGAGUAAAGACUCUCCGGAGCCGCUGUUGAGGAGCUCUGCUGAGAGACAGCAGGCGCCUGCAGCUGCAGCUGCAGCUGCUGCAGCGACGCCAAGCGCGGCCUGGAUGAGCCCGGGCCUGUCGGAGCUGCAGUGCCCACAGUGCCUCGCCAGGUUCAACGACACAGAAGCUGCGGAGUAUCUGAACCAUUGUGAGGAGUGCGCUCGACUAUAAGCGGAACUGCACUGGCUCAAGAAUGCCUUCUGACUCUUUUUGAACACUGAAUAGCUGCACUACAAUGCAAACAAAUGUAUCUGGAUGGGGAUUCCAAUUCAGAGACGUUUGACUGUAAAGGAACCAACGGAAUCAGUCAACUUCCUUGAAAGGGUUUUUAUUCUUAAUGACGUAAAAUCCAACUGUGUUUCUUGGGAAGUCUGUUCAUUUCAGUUGGGGGAGUGUGUACACCCCACGCCGUAUUCUGAUUUCUCUUACUGCAAACAUUUUUGGCAGUAGGAGGAGAUUUUAUGUCAAUGCAAUAUCCAAUCCAAUGAGAUAUACAUAUACCUCAGUAUCUCCAAUUACAUAAAAAAAACAUCGCACUUUUUUUGACAUUCAGCCCAAAAACCAAAUGUUGGAUUGUAAGAUUUAGGGAAUUCGUGCAUAAGCUUCUCUUAAUAAUUAUAUUUUUGAAUCUAGACACCUAAUUGUUCAUGUGGUGCUAUUUUAUUGUGUUGCUCUUUUAAAUUAAACAACUUCUCUUUAAAUAAUUACUAAAAAAUGUAUUUUUUAAUAGUUUCAAAGUAUAUAAGUAAAUUGGUAUUUAUUCUGAGUAUAUAACUGGAAGAUGGGAAUACUGCAAUCUUUUGCAUUUUUGAUCCCAUCAAAGCCCUAUAAAUAUACAUAAAUAUUCAAAUUAUUUGUAAAAAUACGUGUGUACAUAUUUUAUUCAAACUGACUACAGUCCCAUAUUUUAAGAUGUGCAUUAUUUUUGUAAUAAAAGACUGACAAACCUUU